AGGAGCUCGGCCCCGAAUCUAAUCGCUCACCGCUAAACGGAUCCGCGAGGAUCUCGCGCUGACGCAGCCCGGAGACCUGCGGAGACCUGGGAUUCUUUUCUUCCUCUUCCUCUUCUUCUUCUGCUUCUUCUUCUUCUUUUUGGUUAUUUGACUUUUUAUUUGCUGUGAGCAGAGACAGAAGCUCGUGGCGACUCGCAGUGAAGCCGCCGGCUUCGCGUUCGGGAAGCGGGAGGCUCGCGCGCCGCGACCGUCACGCAAGGAGCGAUCGGUGAAACGUCGGCGCUGCAGGAGGUCACCAGGGAUGCUUUCUCACACCGCCGAUUCCAACCCAGAUACCCGAGGUUAUUCCUCCAUGCGCGCGCGAGAGACACGGAGAGGUGGACGGUGGCAGAAACAGUAAGAUGAGACCAUUAAAUGAUGGUGACCUCUGAGGAAAAAAGCACAAGCCAACCUGAAGCGAUUUUCACUGCAGGCAAACCUCAAUGAAAGAAACUCGGGCCGAUUCCCCAAAACCGCUCUGAUUGCUACAUGGCGACGAUACCAUCCAUCAAUGAGGAGGAGACACACAAAAGGAUUACAGAGAACAGUUAAACAUCCGGCUGACAAUCCAACCAGAUCGCGGCUGCACUGAAACCACACCGGCGUCCCCCUCCUCUCAUUUUUUCGGGUCCUGCACAUGACUCUCAGAGAAGCCCCCAUGGCCUGCAGCUCAGGCGUGGUGAUGAGUGCCUUGUUUUGGUCCGUAGCCAUUGUGUAUUUGACUAACAUCGGCAGAGUCAGCGGAGACUGCUGGUUAAUUGAGGGUGAAAAGGGCUUUGUGUGGCUUGCGAUUUGUAGCCAAAACCAACCACCUUAUGAGGCCAUCCCACAGCAUAUCAACAGCACCAUUGUGGACCUCCGUCUGAAUGAAAACAAAAUCAAAAGCAUCCAUUAUUCUGCCCUCAGUCGCUUUGCCAACUUGACCUACCUGAACCUGACGAAGAAUGAAAUCUCCUACAUAGAGGAUGGGGCCUUUUCUGCUCAGUUCAACUUACAAGUCCUCCAAAUGGGCUUCAACAAGUUGCGCAACCUGACGGAGGGGGUCCUCAGGGGUUUGGGAAAGCUGCAGUACCUCUACCUCCAGGCAAACCUGAUUGAGACCGUGACACCCAAUGCCUUUUGGGAAUGCCCCAACAUAGAGAACAUUGACCUCUCCAUGAACCGAAUCCAGCAGCUGGACGGGUCCACGUUUACCAGUCUGACCAAACUGACCACCUGCGAGCUGUACACCAACCCCUUCAACUGCUCGUGCGAACUGCUGGGUUUUGUCAAAUGGCUCUCGGUUUUCCCAAACCGGACGAACGAGCGGAUGGUCUGCGACUCCCCACCCGGCGUCUCCGGCUACAGCUUACUGAGCCCGAAUCCCAACAAUCCGACGUUUCGCAACGCGCUGCACAUGCUCACCACCGUGUGCACGGACGACUACGUGACGCCGUUCAUCCCCGUGCCCACCGAGUCCUCGACACCCCCGCCGGACCUGACCUGUGCGGGGCUGGAAGACUGUCCCUCGGGCACAGAGCCGGAAGACAUCACCAUCAGCACCUACAACGUGGUGGAGGUGAACCCUCUGAUGAAGCUGAAGCAGGUAUCGAACACAGGCGCCACCGUCACGGUUCAGAUCCCUCACCCCUUCAAGAAGAUGUACAUCCUGUCUCUGUACAACAACAGCUUUUUCAGCGACAUUCAAACCCUGAAAGCUUCGAAAGAGGACGUGGAACUGAAAAACCUCAAACCCCACACCAACUACACGUACUGUGUGUGUUCCAUACGCAACUCGCUGAGACACAACCACACCUGCCUGACCAUCACCACCGGCACUCUGAAGGGGAAGGCCAGAGACGUGAACAACGCGACCGCCACUCACUACAUCAUGACGAUUUUGGGCUGCCUCUUCAGCAUGGUCAUCUUCCUGGGCGUGGUCUACUACUGCUUGCGUCGAAAGCGCCAGCAAGACGAAAAGCACAAAAGAGCCGGCAGCCUGAAGAAGAACAUAAUCGAGCUCAAAUACGGACAAGAGCUCGAGGGCGCGACCGUUUCUCGAAUGUCGCAGAAGCAGCUGUUGGCCGGCGAGAGCAUGGCACGAAUGCCCUACUUGCCAUCUGCGGCUGAAAUGGAGCAGUACAAAUUCCAGGAGAUGAGUGACACUCCUAAGAUGAUGAAAGGGAAUUACAUGGACGUGCGCGGCGUGGACCACCACGAACGCAGGGAGUGCGACAUGGGGAUGGCCGGGAACAGCCAGGGGUCGGUGGCGGAGAUCUCCACCAUCGCAAAAGAGGUGGACAAAGUCAAUCAGAUAAUCAACAACUGCAUAGAUGCUCUGAAGUCGGAAUCCACCUCUUUUCAAGGGAAAUCCGGCGCGGUGUCCACCGCCGAGCCCCAGCUCGUCCUGAUAUCCGAACACCCGCAGAGUAAAUCGGGCCUCCUUUCCCCGGGGUACACGGACAGCUAUCACCACUCCCUGCAGAGGCACCGGUCCUCCGACGUCUCGCCAAAGAGGCCCAGCACCGCCACGGGGGGGCCCAUGCGAAGCCCGAGGCCUUACCGCUCCGAGUCCAAGUACAUAGAGAAGACCUCCCCGAAGGGAGAGAGCCUCCUCUCUGCAAACCCGGCCGCCGCCAUCCUGAGGGCCGAGGCGGAGAAGAUGCGUCAGUACGGCGACCACCGGCACUCCUACCCCGACGCUCAGAUUGAGGAGCUGGAGGGACCCGACGGCCACAAAUCCUCCAUGUUGGAGCCUCUCACUCACUCCCGCUCCAGAGACUUAGCGUACUCCCAGCUAUCGUCCCACUAUCACAAUCUGAGCUACUCCUCCAGUCCGGAAUACUACUGCAAACCCUCCCACAGCAUCUGGGAGAAGUUCAAACUGCACCGCAAACGGCACAAAGAUGAUGAGUACAUGGCUGCGGGCCAUGCCCUGCGUAAGAAAGUCCAGUUUGCGAAGGAUGAGGACCUGCAUGAUAUUUUAGACUACUGGAAAGGCGUUUCAUCCCAACAGAAAUCAUAACCUCUUUGGCUGUUUUAUAAAAAUGGACCACGCAGUGCAGAGAUGACACGAGAGCAUCAUCUCGACAUUCCAAUCAAUGGAUACUUCCUUAUUAUUAUCAACUACUUGCUCAAGAUGAUCACGUUCUCUUUUGCGUGUGAGGAAAAUGGGUUACAGAGUCUUUAAAUUUGUCAUAUUAUGUAGAGCAUUAAUCGGGGAAACCUGUGGGAAAAUUGAAGGGAAAAUAUCUUGCAAAUGAAUACUACAUAUAUAUAUAUAUAUAUGUAUAUGUGUCACAAUGGAUUAUGGGUUUUGGGGUAUCGCAUGGCCAAGUCCUGUGACAGUGGAUUUGCUGUUGUGUAAUCUGAAACUAAUAUAUGAAGAAAUGUCUACUGAAACUUUUUGAGGAGUUGUUUCACUCAAAAAGAACUUUUUUUUCUUCCCUUCCUGCAUAUAUUUAAUUCAACAAAAACUAUGUACAGAUAUGGGCAUCUAUAUUUGCAAUGUUGCUGUGUAGAUGGAUAAGUAUAAGUGGUUGAUUCGGGUUUAUCAAACGAUCCGCUGUUCAUCGGGAAUAACUUGUUGCUGAAGAACCUUCUGCCAUUUCAACCAUCACCGCCUGUUUUUGUAACAAUCUCUUUUUUAAAACCUUUUACAUGCGUUUAAAAAAAAAAUCCAGAUUGAUUUCAGUUUCAAUGUCCCCCUUAAUCACACAGCGCAGUCUUCACUGGAUGGAAUCCGGCUUCACGCAGACCGGAUGGAGUCCCGUGAGGAAAGUCUCCAUCGUCCGUUUCUUCAGCCGUCAUUUGUAUUUUUAGUACCAAAGCAGAAACAUCGGAAAUGUUUACAAUACUUUCUGCGCGGUCGGGGGAAUCGUAAAACCACACAUCCGUAGAUCCGUGCUUCUUUUUCUAUUGUGUCGGUUGUUGAAAACAUUGGGUGUUGAAAGCCUGCUAAUAAUCGCUAACAUGUUAAAGGGCAGGCGGCUGCUCCUCGUCACUUGUUCAGAGGCCGCCGAGAGCCCGAUGAAUGAUGAAUGUAACAGAUACAUAUUUCUGAUCUGUCGAUGGCAGCUUUUGUGUAAAAAAAAAAUAUAUAUAUAUAUAUAUAUAUAUAUAUAUAUAUAUAAACAUUUAUUUCAUGCUAUUGACAAAUGUGUUUUUUUUUCCUUCGCUUCAAUAUUUCUUCCAGUGUAUUAAAUUGCAAAACGUCUUAUCCGAUUAAUGCAGGAAAGUAGUUUGUUCUCUGGAUGGGCCUUGCUGCUUGCUGACAGGUUUUGUUUUAUUCUUUAACUGCUAGGCUGUUCAAUCUUUUUGUAUAUUGUGGAAGCUACGUACCAGACGAAUUAUCAACGUGCUAGAUUCAAAUUUGAGAAUGUGAAACCGAAUCCUCUGACUUACCGGCUGUGAAUUUGUGUAUCAUGACAUCUUUUUUAGUGAAUAUUAAUGCUUAUUCUUUGUGAGGUGUUUAUGUAACUUUUUGCAGACAGGCUCAUGAUGACUCACUACGUAUUCAUGGGUGAACAAUAAAUCCGUAUAUUUGUGCUCUCCGACUCACCUGAAGAAUUGUAAUAAAGCAACUCUCAAUGUAUGAUAAAGAAAAGAACAGCUUUUUGAGGUUAAACCGUGACAGGAACAUCAGUGCUUUGUGUGAAUAUUAAACACCUCAAAAUCAGCAGCACAGACAAACUCGAUGACCUGCGGGAAUUCAUUUAUCCGCUGAUGUGUUUUUUUUUUUUCAUUUUACUCUUUAUUCCCCCUUUAUUCAUUAUGUCAGUAUAACUGCAGGCACGAGUUCCCCCUUUUGUUCAUUUUCUGUCACAAAGCUGCGUCUCUCAUUGAAGUGUGUCAUGAAGCUGCUUUUACUCAUUCAUGUGAAAUGAAGCAUUCAUGAGCCUGAUGUGAAUGUGUUAUGUAAGGACCUUCUAAAGUGUUAACUUGGUUGUCUGACUUAAUAUUUCAACCGCCUUAAGAUUUUGGGAUACGUGUACAAGUGUAAAUUUCCUUUUGUUUAAUUCAAUGUUGAUAUUGUUGACGAGUCUCCAUUUGUUGUUAUUUUUAUAAAAGCAUUUCAGUUUCCUCUGAGAGCUGUCAGGUUUCUAGUUCAUUUAGCUAUUUAGCCACAUGUUUUUUAUACUGCAUAUUGUAGCACUUCUGUGUCUAAUAAGAGUGUUGACGAAAUCUUUAGAAAGAUCAGCAGUUGUUGUUCAUGUGCAUCGAAACAAACAAGAGCACAAAAAAUGUGUUUUUUUCAUUUUAUUUCUUAAUACUAUGUUAUCUGCUUUCAGACAAAGUACUGUGAAAUAAAGUUAAGGGUGCACAUACAAUA